AUGGGCGAACUUCUUCUUCGAGGGGUCACGAUGCUUGAUGCAUAUUGUCAGACCUGCAGCGGUAUUUUAAUGGAAGACCGUAGUGGAGUGCGCACAUGUGUCACCUGUGAACUAUUUGCUGAACGCACGAAGGAAGGAUCGCGAUUGGUUGCUGAGGUUCCACUGGAUACGACUGCGGAUGGAGUCACACCUGGAAACAGUGCACUGUCCGAAGAGCAACCAACUAUGCGGAACGUGGUCCGUGUGACAGACGUGGAUCGGAAAAACUGGGCCGAGAGAAUUCCUCCACUCGUUGGAUCGAAAGAAUCGACACCAUCUGCUCCAACCACGUCGGCUACAGCUGAAAGAGUGGGAAUGCAGGACACACCUUGCUGUUUUGAUGGGUGCAAUAGAGCACUACUCGCUAUCGACAGAAAACUCAAAUGGGCAAGCGAGAGAAUUGAUCGAAGUGAAAAUCCUUCUGAGAUUAGAGAGAUGUUUGCUCUGGUUAACGAAGGGUUGAAUAUCAUCAGGCAUGCAAAAUUUGAUCGUUAA